CCUCACAGAUCCUCGGGGGAUGGAGCUGACGUGUCACCUACUAGACUGGUUGUCGGUGGCCCUGGACUCCGUGACGCAGAUAGUCUCGCCACCGGCCACUUGGCCGAGGGCUCACAUGCUUGUCAGCUACCUCUGCCUGAGUGGCGUGGCCCGCGCGGACACCGUGGAAGAGGUUCACGACGGGCUCCACACGCUGCUCACUGUCUGCUGUAUGCUGUGCAAGCCACGCGUGGAGGACGUCAACAAUAUCAACAAUAGCCCAGAGCGCUUAGCGGCAGCUCAAUCCCUCCACGUAGCCCUAGGAAAAGGCUUGUGCGGGGCGCGCGCCGACUUUUGCGCACUCUUUAGUGGGGCGGAGGUGGUCGCGCGAGACUUCGUUCGCGCUGCCAGGACCGGCCAUUUGCUGCGGGUCAUGGCCGAGCUGGAUCAUCAGCUGGUGCAGGAGUCGUUCAUGGAAGGCGGGUGGGGCCUGGAGUUCCGUGCCGCGGUGCAGCGCCUGCUUACCCAGCACGCGCCCAGCGAGAAGGAGGCACCGAGAACUAACCCUUGCAUGCAACAACCCAAGUUGGACGAGGCGCUGGCGGAAAACAUGGUGAUUGACCUGGUCGUUCUCAUCGGGUACCUGGUCGUGAACAACCCACUGCUGCAGGAGACAGUCUGCUCAGGAUGGAGCGUGGUCCGCAUGCUGUGCACGCUGCCGGCCAACUGGCUGGUAUCAGGCGAGCACUCUGCCGCGCUGCUGCCUACGCUUGCGGCCCUGGCGGCGCACCCGCCGGCCGCCGCCGUCAUACGCGCCGACCUCAGCAUGGAGAUGCUGCAGAACUACUUGGAGAGCGAAGAUGCUCAGAAACUGAAGCUAGUCCACCUCAUCAAGCAGGGCCGCGCCAGGAAGCCGCCUGGUAAGAAAUAAGCACAUUGACGCGUACCGUACGUAUGCACGCAUUCGCUUCAUGUACCGUUAAGGGCGUCUAUCUACUUUUGAGUAGCAGGCGAUUUAAGAGCCCCUAUAUACGAUAUUGCCGUACCAUGACUAGAAGCAUUUCUAUUUGAUUUUAUGAUUUUAUACCUGACGGUUGCCAACGAAACUUUUACUGUGUAGCAGGAUUGUCGCCUCUAAUUUAAAUUGAAUAGAGUGUAGACAUAAUUGGAAAACUUCAUGAUGAUCACAGUUUUGGUAUUUCUAUGUAUCAAGUAUCAAACAAAGCUUCUACCUGCUAAAUGAAUGAGGGUUAGAGACUGCACCCUCCGAGGUAUCAACUGAUUAUGUAAUUUAAUUAGUCUUUAACUUCCUGACUUUGUUGUUAAAUUUCCGGAAAAAAUAUUGCCCAAACUAUAGAAAUGGAUUAAAUCGCGUAUAAUGAAUUUAAAAUACAACCCGAUAUUCGAACCGAACCCUUUACAGCGUCCGUGGUCAACGGGUGAUUUAAUUCGUUUCCAUAGUUUUAUUUCAUAAAUAAUUAUCGCGAUAACCGAAGAGAAUAUUAAUUACCCACAAGUUACUGAAGUAACUUGUGGGUAAAUAUAUGUAGGUAUAUGUGGUGCGGUUAAUAUUAAAAUUCAAGUUAAAAGGAAUUAAAAUUAUUCUAAGGGCCUAUUUACACAUUGAU